GCAAGACAUGAGCGGGCAAAGUAGCGUUGUCGUGCUGGACGGGUGCUCGCUGCAGACUGAGGACCUGGUGCUGCUCUCGAAAGGCCGCACCAAGCUCGAGCUGAGUCCAGACGCGUGGGCCAAAGUCAAGGCGAGCCGUGACGUCGUGGACAACAUCCUGCGCGAAAAGAAGGUCGCGUACGGCAUCAACACGGGCUUUGGAUUGUUUUCGAACGUGGUCAUUUCUGAAGACAAGCUGUCCGAAUUGCAAGAAAACCUCAUCCGAUCCCAUGCGUCCGGCGUCGGCGAGCCCUUGUCGCCGUCUGCCACGCGAAUGCUCCUUGCCCUCCGCAUCAAUGUUCUGUCAAAGGGCCAUUCUGGCAUUUCCGUCGACACGUUGCAACAAUUGGUCGCUGCAUUCAACGCCGACUGCUUGUCCAUUGUGCCCGAGAAGGGCACGGUUGGUGCGUCCGGCGACCUUGCGCCACUUGCGCACUUGGCCCUUGGUAUGAUGGGCGAAGGCAAGAUGUACGACACCCGUGACAACAACAAGAUCAAGGACGCGUGUGAAGUCCUUGCCAGCCGCGGCCUGCGCCCCGUGCACCUCAAGGCGAAGGAAGGUCUUGCCAUGAUCAACGGCACGCAACUCAUCACUUCGAUCGGGUGCGAGGCCGUUGUUCGCGCCCAAAACGUUGCCGAAUGCGCCGACAUAGCGGUUGCCCUCACCCUCGAAGUGCUCAAGGGUACUGUGAAUGCGUUCCACCCGCGCAUCCAUGAAGUGCGCCCGCAUCGCGGCCAGCAACUUGUCGCCAAGCGCAUCCGCACGCUGCUCCAGGCCGACAAGCCAUCCGAUCUCUUCCGCAGCCACAACUACGAGGGCAAGGUUCAAGAUGCGUACACGCUUCGAUGCGCGCCGCAGGUCCACGGCGUCGUCAAUGACACGAUCGAAUUUGUUCGCAACAUUUUGACUGUGGAAAUGAACUCGGCCACAGACAACCCCAUGGUAUUUGUCGGGUCCGCGGAUGUCACGACCGACUUCACGCCGAUCAAGACCGACCAAGAAGAGCAAGCGGGUCCUCAGCCAGAGACGUUGACGGAAGCCCAAGCGGAAAUUGCGCGCCUCAAAGCGCUCCUGGCCGAGAAGGAGAGCGCCCACCCGAGCAUGAAGCGCACGUCCGACACGUUUUACCGCGGUGGCGGCGGGUUUAUCAUUUCGGGCGGCAACUUCCACGGCGAAUACCCCGCCAAGGCCCUCGACUUCCUCGCCAUCGGUGUGCACGAACUUGCGUCUAUCAGCGAACGCCGCAUUGAACGCCUCGUGAACCCUCACUUGAGCGGCAUGCCAGCCUUCUUGGUCGCCGAAGGGGGCCUCCACUCUGGAUUUAUGAUUGCUCACUGCACGUCCGCCGCCCUCGUGUCGGAGAACAAAGUACUUUGCCACCCUUCGUCCGUCGACUCGCUCUCGACGUCCGGCAGCAAGGAAGACCACGUGUCCAUGGGCGGGUGGGCCGCGCGCAAGGCGCUCACUGUCGUCUCCCACGUCGAGCUCGUGAUCGCGAUCGAACUCAUGUGUGCGUGCCAAGCGCUUGAGUUUCAGCGCCCCCACAAAACGACCGACGCGUUGGAAGCGGUCUACAAGCUCGUGCGCACCCGCGUCGCGCCUUUGGACAAGGACCGAUACAUCGCCCCGGACAUUGACGCGAUCGUCGACUUGGUCCGCUCCGGUGCCAUCGUCGACGCUGUUCGUCCGUAUUUGCCAUAGACAACAACAACGCGGAAUCGAGUAAUAGAAACCUGCAUCACGGUGA